CUAGUGGCGUGGUUGGUCGAGGUUCGAAACUACCUCGGCCUCUAUUAUGAAGUUUUAUAUCUAACCGUUAAUAUUAUCGACCGCUCCCUGUCCUUAAUGGAAGUAACUCCUGACCGGCUAAUGCUUCUUGGAGCUGCAUUACUAAUCAUAUCGCUCAAAUAUGAACAA